AUGAAGUAUGCAGAUAAUCCGAAACCUAGGCAUUCAACCUCCAAACCUCAAAGUCAUAACUUAUGCAAUAGCAAACGAAUCGAUUGUAACAAGACUAAGUCUCUUUAUCCUUCUAAACAGGUCAGCGACAACCAGAGGCCGUGUCAAACUGUCUGCGGGAAAGGGACGGAGAACAAACUGCUAUUGCAGAUCAGCGAAGCCAGAGAAGUGUCGGACUUUGAAAGGAUUCUUAAUUCUAAUGCAAUACUAAGUGAACGCGCGCGCGACAACGUAUGGCGUAGCUGUCUCGAACGUAAACCGUCGGCAUCUGUCGCACCUCGUCCUCACUCCUCCUACUCGCUUCAUACCGUCAGCCAGACUUACCAUUACCUAUUUAAACAGCAUGAAGAGUCGCUACAGCCAUUGAUUGACACCUACCGCCGAGCAAACGCCGAGCAGCCCUGCCCUCCUAGCAGCUUUCUAGGCAACUGGUACGAUAAUUUAAAAACUUUAUCCGAAUUUUAUGAAGACGACGAAGUUCUGCAAGAGGAACUUGAAAUAAUCAAUGAUCGGAUAAUAGCUGAAGAAGUAAAGACUGUAGAAGAAUCGCAACAGUCGGGCAAAAACAAAAACUUCAAUGUUAACUUGGCGGAUCUGAUCGGACUUCAUGUGACCGGAGAAAAUUGUGCGUUUUUACCGAACCGCGAUGAUACACCAGAAAUAGAUAAAGGAGGGGAGGACGAGAAGGAAUGGCUUGCACCGAUUAUGAGCGCAAAUCCCGAUGACCAACAAGAUAAGGACACUAAUGUGGAUUGUUUAGCACAAAACCUGCAAUCUGUGAAUAUCGAUAGUGAUGCGAAGGUGCCGACGAUAACAUUCAGCAAUUGUUGUGACAAUUGCGUCACCGGCGAGCUGUCGGCCAAUCCCGACGUUGUUAUUCAUUUGACCGUGCCCUCCGCGAACAGCAUUGAUGAGUCCAGACCGCCUAUGAUGUGA